AGGGAGAAUGUGGGAAUAUAUGCCUUGCUUGUGGGAGGAGGGAGAGAGGGUCCAGUGCUUUUGGGGUCCACAAGUAGAGUGCUCUUUCGGUAUGUGUUCUUUAUCGAGGACCCAAAUAUUCUCACCUAGCUUCUGUCACUUCAUUCAGACAUCUCUGUAGUGCCAACUAUGUUUCUGUCUGUCUUCUCUACCCCUCACAGUUACCUCUCCAACGGCUACACUUUGCUUAAUGCCUAUCUCAUUCCAUACCAACCACUAACUGUCACUGUCACACUCAAUAUUUAUCUGGUCAAGCUCACCUAAGCAGUGGGCCCACAUGUUAUAAGGGCCCACUAUUUUUUUGUCACCGACGGGAGAUUAUCACACACAUCCUCUCUCUAUAAAGUACGAUAUCUCACCGCAACUCAUUCCUCUCACCUUUUUCUUCCUUCUUAUUCACUGUCACUUAACACUCACAUUGUCGCACAACACAAUCACACUAUACAACGAAACUCAUCGGACGACACUGCCUUCCUCAGUUCUUCAACUACACUUCCACUUGGCCAACCCUUUUCUUUCGCUGUUCCAAGCUCAUCAUACACUACUGCUAACAAAGGCACUUAUUAAGAUAGUAACAAACUUUGUUCAUCAGAACAAAAGCUCCCAUUUCUCCCAGCUCCUGGAUUUUUCUUGUAAAUGGGUUUUUCCUCUCUCCAUGUCUGCAUGAAUUCAUCAGAUCAAUGGCUGCAGGGCACAAUUCACGAGGAAUGUGGGGUGGAUUCUUCUUCACCAUCUGCCGACAUGCUUCCAUGCUCGAGACCGAUGACAGAGAGGAGGGUAAGACCCUCACAAGAGCAAGCCCUGAAGUGCCCUAGGUGUGAAUCAACACACACCAAGUUCUGCUACUACAACAACUACAGUCUCUCUCAGCCCAGGUAUUUCUGCAAGACAUGUAGAAGGUACUGGACCAAAGGAGGCACUCUCAGGAACAUUCCUGUUGGAGGUGGUUGCAGAAAGAACAAGAAAGUUUCAACUAAGAAACACAAUGACCACCAACCAGCUAUUAAUCAAAACCAAACACAACCUGCAGGACCCUCUUAUAUUCAUAAUCACAAAGAUCUUCAACAUUCCUUCUUGGAUGUGCAGUUUUCCCACCUCAACAAUAUACUUGGGACUAAUGCUGGGGUACUGGGAAACCCUAAUUUCAUGGAUAGUAAGUAUAGCAUGGGGAUGCUAGAGAACCCUGGGCAUAUUGACUUCAUGGAAAGCGGGUUGGAUGGUAUGAAUAUGAUUAGGGGUUCAACUAGGAGUUUGGAUGUUCUUGAAAAUAGUGAUAUGAGUGUGGGUGGUGGUGGUGUUGGGCUUGGUGAUAUGAGUGGCUACAAUGGAUUGCCAUUGAAUUAUCAAGGUCUUUCUAGUGCAGCAUUUGGGGGCAUGUCCCUUGAUGGAGGCAUUAGCAAUGUCGGAAGUUAUAUAAUGGACUCUUGCCAGAGACUUAUGUUGCCCUAUGAUGGAGGUCAUAACAUCCUUAACGGUUCAGUUGACGUGAAGCCAAACCCUAAGCUGUUGUCCCUUGAAUGGCAAGAUCAGGCUUGCUCUGAGGCUGAGAAAGUGUCAUUGGGAUAUCUUAACGGUUCAGGAUCAUGGAGUGGCUAUGGAUCUUCAACAACAAACCCUUUGGUCUAGACCUAAUAAUAAUCUCUCUUGCAUCAUGCAGAGAUAUAUGAUCAAAGGUUGUGAUAACCUCUCUCAAGUCUUGGGAAAUAUGCUUACUGGGCUAAUUAAUCUGGUUCCUAUCCUAUAUAAUUUAUUAUAUUACAAUUAUUGCUCAUAAGCUUUUGGCUAUGUAUCUAUAUGGUAGUGUUUCUUUCUGCCAAGUUGGUCUUUGAUUGCUAUUGACUUAACAAAAAGAGUGUGAACAGGGAAGCUUCAGUGUCAAAAUGGACUGCUUUGGUGCAUUAAUACCUUUAGAUUCUUCUUGUCUUUGUGUGCGCAGAAGCUCUCUGAUAGCUUUAGGAUUUGUUGUAACAUCGAGGAUGAUAUGGUAGUUCUUUUCAUGUUGAAGAAAAUGUGCCGUAGUGCUGUAUUAUAUUUAUUUAUAUGUUUGUAGGCUU